CCGGAUUGUUCAUCGAUUGGCGAGCCUGCUGCUGAGAUGGUUGCUUUGUUGCGCGGCAGAUUUGUUCGAAUUUUGAAAUUUUGAAAAUUACAAGUUAAGACUAAGGGAAAUGUGUUUUGAAUUUAGUGUGAUGAGGCUUCGUUGCAGGAAUGACUCGGUGUUAAACGGAAAUGUCUUUAACAAAUCGAAGCCCUUAUAUGUAAGCAACUAGAAAAUCAACAGGCCUAGUGUGAUCGUGGUCUCUGGGAUAUUCACUGUCUUUUUGUUCUUGGAGAACUUCAGUUGGGUUUAGUUGCAUUUCUUAACUCGUGAUUUUCGCUCUGGUAUUUAAUUCCACCAGUUAACUGCUUAUUAUCAUGGCCAGCGUUCAUGAGAGUAUGUUUUUCAAUCCUAUGAUGGCCAACGGUGUGGUUCAUGCAAAUAUUUUUGGCAUCAAAGACUGGGUUACCCCACACAAAAUCUCAAUACUGGUUCUGUUGCACGAAAUGGCCACUUCUAAAGAACAAGGGACGCCAGAAGUUGAAACCAGACGUCUCCACAUGAACAAAUUGAAUUUACCGUUGCUGCAGGGUCCAGAUAUGACAUUAGUUCAGUUGCUUAAGACUAUUGGAGAAUGCUGCCCGAAACUAGCGAAUGCUGUGAGUACAAGAGUAAAGUUAAUGGCCGAAGGGGAGUUGAAAGAUAUGGAAAAUUUCUUCUAUUCCCUCCAAAAUGUUUUCAGUGGAACAGAACCAGCAGUUCACAAGACUAGUGUAAUAGGUCUGUUCUUGAGGCACAUGAUCUUGGCUUACAACAAACUGUCCUUCAGUCAGGUUUAUAAACUUUACACAGCUUUACAGCAAUAUUACCAAAGCUAUGAAAAGAUGUCUUCAAGGACUGCAGAAAGAGAAGACACAGAUAUGGAAUUAACCUCUUUAGACCUGGAAGGAAAGAUGGAAAAAGAGGAGCUAGAAUUUCCAACAAGGGAUGAAGAAGUUGUUGACAGAGGACCUCUGUCCCAGAAACAAGCGGAAUAUUUCCUUGCUCAACAGGCAUCAUUGUUGAAAAACAAUGAAAACAAGGCUCUUUCACCAGCUGCUCUACAGAAAGAACUGAAUAACUUACUCAAAUUUAAUCCUGAUUUUUCAGAAGCUCAUUAUUUGAGCUAUCUAAACAGCCUUCGUGUACAAGACUACUUCAGUGCUAUGCACAGCCUCCUUCACUAUUUUGAUCGGUUGAUCCUUACAGGCAGCGACAGCAAAAGCAGUGGAGAAGAUGGAUUCGGACGUAGUUUACGAUAUGCGGCUCUCAAUCUUGCUGCUUUAAACUGUAGAUUUGGCCAUCAUGAGCAGGCCCAGUUUGCUUUACAGGAAGCUAUUCGUAUUGCACAAGAAUCCAGCGACCAUGUUUGUUUACAGCACUGCUUGAGUUGGCUUUACAUACUAGAGCAGAUGAAGGGAUCUGAUAAUGCAAUUCUCGUUGAACAUUCUGUGAAAAAGGCUGGGCAGCUUGGCUUACCUUAUCUGGCUUCCCUGGGCAUCCAAUCACUGGUACAACAAAGAACCUUUUCUGGAAGAUCAGCCAACAAGUUAAUGGAUGCCAUGAAGGACUCUGACAUGUUGCAUUGGAAACAUGGGCUUUCAGAGCUUAUUGAUGUAAGCAUAGCACAGAAAACGGCAAUUUGGAAAAUGUAUGGACAAAGCACAAUGGCACUGCAGCAAACACAGCUUCUUCUGUACAUGCACAGUCUGGAGUCUGUAAACAUGGAUAUCCAUCAAAAUAACACUGAGGCAAUGGCUGUAGUACUGUGUCACCUGGCAGAACUUCAUGCAGAACAGGGCUAUUACUCAGCUGCUUCCGAAAUUCUGAAGCAUUUAAAAGAUCGCUUUCCUCCCCACAGCCAGCAUGCAAAGCUCUGGAUGCUGUUUGACCAAAAUAUACAGUUUAAUCGAGCAAUGAGUGAUGGGAAAUAUCAUAUAGCUGACUCCCUAGUCCCUGGAAUAGCAGCACUUAAUGGGCCAGAAGGACUGUAUAGGAAAGCACUUGUGUUGAAAGCACAGAAUCAGAUCACAGAAUCCUACAGACUUCUACAAAAGUUGUUGGUUCAUUGUCAGAAAAAAAAGUCUACGGAAAUGUUGAUAAACUGCUGCUUGGAAUUCCAGAACAAGCUUUGCAUGUGUUACAUAUGGCUAUCGAACCCAUUCUGGCUAAUGGAACAGUCUUGGACCGAGGGCGUGCUAUGCUGCUGUUGGCAAAAUGUCAAGUUGCUUCUGCAGCCUCUUGCCCUACUCAAGAAAAAGCUGAGGCUUUUGAAUCAGCAGUUGAAAAUCUGAAUGAAGCCAAGGUAUAUUUUGAAAAAGCAGACUGCAAUGAGCGGAUCAGAGAAGUCCUUUACUUACAGGCAAGGCUCUUCAAUACUCUCGGCAAGACAAAAGAAAGAAAUAAAUGUGCUAUGAUGUUCCGCCAGCUACACCAGGAGCUGCCAACCUAUGGAGUGCCUCUUCUUUCAUAGCACAUGAUGCAUUUUAAUGCAACAACUUAAAUGUGAAGGAACCCUUUUAUAGUAAACCUUAAUACUAAGCUUUGUACAGCAGAAAAUAAAAUUUUCUUGAAAUUUGAAAUUAGAGAAUAUCAAAUUAAGUUUUGAAAUAAAGUAAUGGAGUAUUGACACCACUGUGUUAGCUAAUAAGUUGUAUUGUCAGCCAAGGAGUUGGAAGCUGAGCAGGACAUGUGGAAGGACAUGCAGCAAACAGAGACUAUUUAGAAUCUCUACAAGCUACAGCACACAGAAGUCACGACCGAAAAUACUGCAGUCUCUUGAUAAAAGCUAGAUCACUUCUCCAAUAAAAUGUAGUGAGUGGAAGAUGGUUAUAAAAUUGAUUAUUUCUCUAGCAAAAUGAUUCAAUUUAUGUGUGUAAAAUAAUCCCCAGUCACAUUAGCAGUCUGGUCUCCAGGCGUGAUUGAUAGGGGAAUUACCCAAUCAACUCCAUUCUAGCCAAGAAUUGCCUCACUAUAUUUAACCAUAAGUUAACUGUCCAAAUGAAUUUUAAAUUGUUACUGGAUUACUGUUUUAAUGUAUGUAAAGAUCAUAACUUUCCUUUCAAGAUUAUCAGCCUGAUGUGAAACUGUGUGUACAGUUCUAGAAAAACUGUGAACCUGACAAGACUUUUGGUACCAGAAUUAACAUGUAAACUUUUAUGAAGUAUAAUUAAGGGAUUCCAAUAGUCCACAAAUGAAGAUUAAUUGUGUUACAACUAGCGGCACCAGUUUAUGGUGAUUUUAUAAGGUACACUGCACAACUUCAUUAAUGGUUUAGGACUGAUAAAUGAAUGGAGAUAUGUUUAGUUAUGGUAGAGGUAUUAAAACUUUUUUAAAAAUUCAUUCGGGGUAAGUGGUGUCCUGGCAAAGCUGGCACUUGUUGCCCAUCCGUAUUGCCAUUGAGAAAGUGGUGUUGAGCUAUCUUCUUACUUACAACUUGAAUGGCUUGCUAGCCCAUUUUAGAGGGCAGUGACAUAUUGGUCAGACUGGGUGGGAAUGGUAGAUUUCCUUCCCUAAAAGACAGCAGCAAACCAGAUGGAUUUUUACAACAAUCUGGUAGUGUCAUGGUCACCAUUACUGAUGCUGGCUUUAUAUUUCAUAUUUAAUUAAUUUCUUGGAUUUAAAUUCCCCAACUGCUGUUGUGGGAUCUGAAUUCACCUAAAUCACUAGUCCAGGCCUCUGGAUUACUAGUCUAGUAGCAUACCCACUGUGCUAAUGAAUCACCACCAUGCCAAGCCCCCAAUCUUUCAAAAUAUAAACGUUCACUGUUUUAGAAUUCACAAUAAAUAGACUCCAUUAUAAGGAUGUGGUGUAACAAGAUUAUCAAUAAAUCAGUAAAAUUAUAUAUUUAACUUGAUACAUUAGGUGUUCCAUUGAAAACUCAUUGUAAGUACUUGUAGAAGUAUCGCUGAGGAGUAUUUUCAUUGUUAUAGCAGUCAUGCUACGUGACGCACAAUAACUGCUAUUAUGAGAGAAAAAUGUGUAUUCUGAUUGCACAUCUGUUGCAGAAUUUUGUUUUGUGCUGCAUAAACUUUAGAAAGUGCAUUAAGCUGAAAGCGAAAGCCAAAAGAGACCACGAACAGACAUUAAGAUCGAGCCUUCAUGUGAAUGUUAGUUUUAUUUUUAAAAUCCUGUUGGAUUUUGAAGCCAUUUUUUAAUUCACCUGUGUUUCGUUGACAGAGAAGUUAAUAAUUAUUGCUUACAUGUGUAAGAAAUGGAGAGUUUGUUUCUUAAUGUUAUUUUUCAAAAAGAAUCAGUUGAGUUUUGUGAUCAAAUUAAAUGAACUUUGGUUACCUCA